UUUUUGGGGUUUUAGGGUUUUUGCGUAUACUCUCUCUCUCUCACACAGUCCACACUCUCUUUUUCUGCAAAAUUCAGCCAUGACUGCUCAAACCCAGGAAGAACUCCUUGCUGCCCAUCUCGAGCAGCAGAAGAUCGAUCCUGAUGAGCCCUUGGUUGAAGAUGAUGAUGAGGACGAUGAUGAGGAUGACGAUGAUGACAAGGAUGAAGAUGAAGCCGAGGGACAACAAGAUGGAGAUGCAAGUGGUAGGUCGAAGCAAAGUAGAAGUGAAAAGAAAAGUCGCAAAGCAAUGUUGAAGCUUGGCAUGAAACCUAUCCCAGGUGUUAGCCGGGUCACUGUUAAAAAGAGCAAGAAUAUAUUGUUUGUCAUCUCAAAGCCGGAUGUUUUCAAGAGUCCAACUUCGGACACUUAUGUAAUCUUCGGGGAGGCGAAGAUUGAGGAUUUGAGCUCUCAACUUCAGACUCAGGCUGCAGAGCAGUUUAAGGCUCCUGAUCUCAGCCAUGUUAUUUCCAAACCAGAGACUUCGGCCGUGGCUCAAGAUGAUGAGGAAGUUGAUGAGACUGGAGUGGAACCCAAGGACAUUGAGUUGGUGAUGACACAGGCAGGAGUCUCUAGGUCGAAGGCAGUGAAAGCAUUGAAGACUGCAGAAGGCGACAUAGUUACUGCAAUAAUGGAUCUUACCAACUGAGGAAAAGAGAAGCUUUUUACAUGUUUUCUAUGUGAUGAUUUAGCAGUUUUAUGGUUUCUAUCGUUUUUCAAUUUUACAAAAUUCUCUCUUUUACUUUUUCUGUUGUACUUGUAAUGAACCGAGUGACUUAUCGGUGAGUUAUCAAUUGGAGCUUGUGUUUCUCUAUUUUAGUUCA